AUGACACAGUUGGAUAAUAAUAAUAAUAAUGUUGUUCUUGGUCUUAUUGAGGAUGAACGUUGUCCACUUGCGGCUGGCUCUCCACCACCUCCACCAAUACCACCACCAAUAACACCGAUCUAUCAUAAUAUAUUUCAAGCAUGGACAGGAAAGCAGAGAGAUUUGAUAGCAGAACCAGUGCAUGGACUAGACAGUUCUGCCUACCAGCUGUUCUUGACCGACAGCCACCCUUUCAACCUCGAUACCGAUCGAUGGGAGGAACUUUGUAUUACACUUUAUGUUGGCACGUUCCAAGAGAACCGUAAUAACCGUCUACAAAGAUGGCUACAUUCCAUUCCAAGAGAAGUAUCCAUUCCUUUGUCUAAGUUCAUCGACGCCAACCAAGUCACCAUUGGAGUUGGCUUUGUAUCCAUCUGA